UGAUAGACAGGUGUUCAAAUACUUAUUUUCCUCACUGUAUGCAGUCAUCUGCAGUCUUAACUCGUCCUCCGCGCCGCUAGGUGUCAGCGCGCGCUCAUGAGUCCGCCGCAGCCGCUGAUCAAGAGCCGUGAGAGAAUGACGCAGAUCCGCUGCUUCAGCGACGCACGUGUGUAAACGAGCAUUGAACGCCGUUCGUGUGUCAAACACACGAUUAUAUGUUUAUGAUUUAUUAAACUACAAAAUCAAGUCUGCCUUAUGUAGUUAGAUUUAUCUGUAAAGAUAUACACUAUAUAUAUGUAUAUAUAGUAUCACAUGUUUUAAUAAGUUUAUUUAGUGAGUGCAGCACAAAGAUGUUUUCAGAUCUGGAUCUGAUCAGAACUAUCGAUGAUAAUCAAGAAGUUCCUGAGGAUCCGGACUCCGCUUCUGACGAUGAAGCCGAGCAGCCCAUCGUGUUGAGUAAGCAGAAGCGCGCUCUGAAGGGCCGCAGCGCUGGGGACUUCAGCACAGAUUUUGAGUUCGGCGAGCGGGAUGGACUGUACAGCGAGGACUGGGUCAUGGCAGACGUGAUGGCGCAGCUCAAGAAGAGGAAACCGCCCACUACUUUGGACGAAAAGAUCGAGAAAGUGCGGAAAAAGCGCAAAAUUGAGGAAAAAACUCAAAAAGAAAGCAAGAAAACAGAAGCUUCAGCCUCUAAACCAGAAAACGACAAUGAUGGUGAAGAGGAUGAUAAAGAAGAAGAUGAUGAUGAAGAAUCAGGUGGAGAUGAUGAUGAUGAUGAUGAAGAGGUGGAUGAAGAUGAGUUCUCAUCAGGUGAUGAAGAGGUGCUCAAAAAAGCAGACACUUUGAGAGAAAAACAGAAGAAAGGCAAGAGGAAAACGGCAGAAACUCCUGAAGCGUUUUUUGAAGACGCCUCUCAGUAUGACGAGAACCUCACCUUCCAGGAUAUGAAUCUGUCCAGACCUUUACUGAAGGCCAUCACUACUAUGGGCUUUAAGCAGCCCACUCCUAUUCAGAAAGCCUGCGUCCCUGUGGGGCUGCUGGGAAAAGACAUCUGUGCAUGUGCCGCCACUGGCACUGGAAAGACGGCGGCCUUUAUGUUGCCGGUCCUGGAGCGUCUGAUCUACAAGCCGAGGGAGACGCAGGUGACGCGUGUGCUGGUUCUGGUGCCGACCAGAGAGCUGGGCAUCCAGGUGCACAGCGUCGCCCGCCUGCUGGCCCAGUUCACCAGCAUCAGCACGUGCCUGGCCGUGGGUGGGCUGGACCUGAAGUCUCAGGAGGCGGCGCUGAGAGCGGGGCCGGACGUCUUGAUCGCCACACCGGGACGCUUGAUCGACCAUCUCCACAACACACCGUCGUUUGAGCUCAGUCAGAUCGAGAUCCUCAUCCUGGACGAGGCCGACCGGAUGUUGGACGAGUACUUCGAGGAGCAGAUGAAGGAGAUCAUCAGGAUGUGCUCCUAUCAGAGGCAGACCAUGCUGUUCUCAGCCACCAUGAGCGAGGAGGUGAAGGAUCUGGCGUCUGUGUCGCUGAAGCAGCCGGUGAGGAUCUUUGUGAACAGUAAUACAGACGUGGCGCCGUAUCUCAGACAAGAGUUUGUGAGGAUCAGACCCAAUAAAGAAGGAGACCGAGAGGCUAUUGUUGCAGCGCUCCUGACCAGAACGUUUCAGGAUCACGUGAUGCUCUUCACUCAGACGAAGAAGCAGGCUCACCGCAUGCACAUCCUGCUGGGCUUAAUGGGGUUAAAGGUCGGCGAGCUUCACGGAAACCUGUCGCAGACGCAGAGAUUGGAGAGUCUGAAGCGUUUCAAGGACGAGCAGAUUGAUAUUUUAGUGGCUACAGAUGUGGCUGCCAGAGGUCUGGAUAUAGAUGGAGUCAAAACUGUGAUAAACUUCACCAUGCCCAACACCGCGAAGCAUUACGUGCACAGAGUGGGCCGAACGGCUCGUGCGGGGAAAGUGGGCCGAUCCGUGUCUCUCGUGGGUGAGACUGAGAGGAAGAUGCUGAAAGAGAUCGUUAAAAAAGCCAAAACACCCGUCAAAGCUCGAGUCAUUCCUCAAGAUGUCAUCCUGAAGUUUCGGGAUCUGAUUGAGAAGCUGGAGAAGGACGUGUAUGCGGUGUUACGCUUGGAGAAGGAGGAAAAGGAAAUGGCUCAUUCAGAGGCGCAGAUCAGUUCAGCUCAGAAGAGGUUAACACAGGGUGCAGACGAGAAACAGGCGCCCAGGACGUGGUUCCAAACGCACGAAGAGAGAAAGAAAGAGCGCAUGACAAAAGCGCUGCAGGAUUUUGAUUUGGCUCUGAGAGGGAAGAAAAAACGUGCACAGUUCCUGAAACAGGGCAAAAAGAAAGAGAUAACGGCGGAGGAGAGAGCUCAGUUCGAGGUGCUGAAGUCUCAGAUGUACGCCGAACGAGUCGCCAAACGUGAUCGCAAGCAGAAGCGAGCCAGAGCCAUUCCUGAAGAAGAACCUGUGAAGAAAGUUUCCAAAGACAAGGGCGGCAAAAAGAAGUCUGUGUUUGAUAAGGAGCUCACGAACACCAGCAAGAAAACUCUGAAGCAGUACAGAGCCGGGCCGUCCUUCGAGGACAGGAAGAGACUCGGCAUUCAAAACAAGAAAGGAGGACGCUUCAAGUCAAACGCCAGGUACAAAAGAAAGUGAAGCCGUGCCUGAUGUAUACGAAGCAAAACUUCAGCAUAACAUCAGCCUCUUUAUCAUUUUAUCAUCAUCCUCCCUCCAAACUUUCCCCAACAUAAACCCUUCAAAUAAACCUCUUCGACUUUUACAACCUGUACUUCUGUUUGUCCAUGCGUUAGUCAUGGCAGAGCGAGGUGAUGCGAAGCUUCUGUUAGAGAUCAGCCCGACGUCUGAAGGGCGGUCAGAGGUGUUUGAGAGCCCACCAUAUCAAAGACACCCUCUUUACAGCCCACAUGAAACAAUGAAUCAGUGUCCGGGGGGAAACUCCUUUAUCACACGACCUUAAAGAUAAUGCAGAGAGAGAGAAACAAAAAAUGAAUGAAGCUCCAACAGUGUUUUGCACAGUGAAGAUGCAUGUCUCUGUUACACUUUAAUUAUACAUUUAAAGACUAAGUAAUAUCAAUUAACUACAUAUUCUUGCAUGUACAUGUACUGGUUAGGGUUUGUCUUGGGGCUACUUGCGUGUAAUUAUGCAUAAUGUUAUAAUAGUAAGUACAUAUAAUGUGUAACAAGCACACGCUAAAGUAAAGUGUUAGCAAAUAGUUUUAUUUAUUGCUAUUUACUGUUAUUUAAGUACAUGCAGAGUGAACUACAUACUUGUGUAAAUAUCAUACGGAGCUGCUUUAUUGUAGUAAUUACUCGUAUGUUUAUAGAGUAUAUGGUAACAGAAUAUGAGUGAACAUUACUAGAGUUUAAAUAAAUAUUAAAUACUGAUAAAUAUAAUAAUAAUAAUAAAUACUCUUGCUCAGAUGCAAAGCAAGGUGAUACGCCUGUUUUCUGAGAUUCUCUCGGAGCAUGACCUUGUUCAUGUACAACUUUCUGUAAAAAUCAUUUCCUCAAAAAAAAAAAAUCACAUCCGACCGCUUUGGCAAACCAAUGGGAAACUGCUGAUUAUUUUACCCUUUUUUAGGGGCAAUUGUCAGAAUUAUGUGUAGAAUCUGUGUAGAAUUAUGAUGAAAUUUCACUGGGUGUAAUGUGAAGUUAUUAGUGUUUCUUGCUAAAGUGGACAUCUGAUUUGAAGCAUUAAUUCUUAAUGGGAAGUAAACACAAAGCUCCAGUCAGGUCAAAGUUCGAGUGUCUGUUCAUCAAACAGACAUGAGUGUUGAGAACAGCCUCCUCAAUUUAAAAACGGGAAAUGUUGUCUCAGUAACUCCUCUCCACAGUCAAUCUUUUAUCGCAGCAGGUCAUGUUUGCAUGAGUUUUGCACACUUCAAGACUAUGUCUUCCCCUUAUUUUAACCGCACUUUACAGGUUUUACCACAUUGUCGCCCGGGCUUGCAUUUGUUUUGCAUCUACCUCAAUGCUUUGCAUUCAAACCACAGCAUUUCUUCAAGAAGGUUUCAUUUUUUGUGAAAUGGUCUCAAGCAGGUGAUUUAAUACAAACACUUAAAGAUCAUGAAAAAAUACUACAAUUUUUUUGGAACCAUACUAUAGUAAAGUGUAUUAUACUGUAUAGUAUUCACAACACUUUGUUAAUGAAUGCUACAGCAUAACUGAUGAACUGUAAAAAUACUGUAGUAUAUUUUAUUAAAUUUAAGUUGUUUACUUUGA